GGCCCGCGCUUACUCUUUUCCCGCGCCGCCGCCAUGCUGUCUGCUCGCGUCCCGCUCGCCGCCCGCCAGGAGCAGCCCCGGCUGUCCCCCCUGAAGAACCUGGCGCUGAGCGACAAGGAGAACACGCCGCCCGCGCUCAGCAGCAGCCGCGUCCUGGCCAGCAAGACAGCGCGCAAGAUCUUCCAGGAGAGCGAAGGGAAGCCGGUGGCGCGGGGCGCGGAGGAGGAGGAGGAACCGCUGCUGCGGGAGAACCCCCGGCGGUUCGUCAUUUUCCCCAUCCAGUACCAUGACAUCUGGCGGAUGUACAAGAAGGCCGAGGCUUCCUUCUGGACGGCGGAGGAGGUGGAUCUGUCCAAGGAUCUGCAGCACUGGGGGUCCCUGAAGCCCGAGGAGAAGUACUUCAUCUCUCACGUCCUUGCCUUCUUUGCUGCCAGUGAUGGCAUCGUGAACGAGAACUUGGUGGAGCGGUUCAGUCAAGAAGUGCAAAUCACAGAAGCACGUUGUUUCUAUGGCUUCCAGAUUGCCAUGGAAAAUAUACAUUCAGAAAUGUACAGUCUUCUCAUUGACACGUACAUUAAAGAUUCUAAAGAGAGGGAAUUCCUUUUUAAUGCUAUUGAAACAUUACCAUGUGUUAAGAAGAAGGCUGACUGGGCCAUACGCUGGAUUGGGGACAAGAAAGCAACAUAUGGAGAACGUGUAGUAGCAUUUGCAGCAGUGGAAGGAAUCUUUUUUUCUGGCUCUUUUGCAUCAAUUUUUUGGCUGAAGAAAAGAGGCUUAAUGCCUGGACUCACUUUUUCUAAUGAGCUCAUCAGCAGAGAUGAGGGUUUGCACUGUGAUUUUGCCUGCCUCAUGUUCAAGCAUUUGAUUCGCAAACCAACGGAGGAAAGAGUAAAGGAAAUCAUCAUGAAUGCAGUUCUCAUAGAACAGGAAUUCUUGACGGAGGCACUGCCUGUUAAGUUGAUUGGCAUGAACUGCACUUUAAUGAAACAAUACAUAGAGUUUGUAGCAGACCGACUGAUGUUGGAACUGGGAUUUAGAAAGAUAUACAAGGUGGAGAAUCCUUUUGAUUUCAUGGAAAACAUCUCUCUGGAAGGCAAGACCAAUUUCUUUGAGAAGCGAGUAGGUGAAUAUCAGAGGAUGGGAGUCAUGUCAAAGCCCACAGACAAUUCCUUCACCCUGGAUGCAGAAUUUUAAAAGGACUGAGACAUGAGUUAGUGUGUAUGCUCCCCUCUUUGCAAGGAAAUGUCAAGCAUAUUGAGUCACCAUGCCUUGAUAUUUGUGUUAAAAUCCCACUCUUGAGAAGUGUGGUGAUACUGGUACUCUAAGGAGGCUAGUGUAGCUCUGACAGCAAGAUCCCUUUUUAUUAGGUUUUGCCAAAGCUGUUAAUUAGAAUGCUUAGGUGGAACAUGUUACUCUUAUUUUAUGAAAUGUGGGCAUCAUCCUACUGCUAGAUGGGGGGUAAUGGGCAACUUACCACUAGCUUCUCUUACUGCAUAAAGAAGCAGUUGAGAAUUUCUGGUCUUAAACUCACUGAAUACCCUGGAGGCAACAGCAUGACAUCACUGCUUUCUUGGCAGGUUUUAAGUUUACUUUUUUAACUAUUAUUUUAAUAGUUUGUACAUAAACCAGGCACUUUAUUUUUCAAAAUAAAGAAUUGUCUUGAAAUACUCUAAUGGGUAAAAUGUAAGUCUUGAGAAUUUUGGGGCCUUAAAUGUUGUGACUUGUGCUUCUCCUGGUAUGUAAGAUAAAUGAAUGGUGCUACAAAAUAGUGAUAUUUAAAUCUGUUGAAGAACAUAAAGGAACUUGGCAUGGCAGGUGAACAAAUGGAUAAGCUGAUACUCUGUGUAGUGAAAAAUAAUAUGCCACUGGCUUGUGGACUUUUUUUGAUGUCUGGGAACAUUAUUUAGUAAUAAAGAGCUGGUUGGAUUUGAAGCUGUUCUGGCUUCAGUACUCCAAUGGGCAAA